CUGCGCACCAAGGUGGUGGAGGACGUGCUGACGCCGCUGGCCGACUGCUUCAUGCUCCGUGCCGAUGCCGUGCUGGACUUCGCCACCGUCUCCGAGAUCCUCCGCUCCGGCUACACCCGCAUCCCCGUCUACGAGGGUGACCGGCGUGACAACAUUGUCGACCUGCUCUUCGUCAAGGACCUGGCCUUUGUCGACCCCGAUGACUGCACCCCCCUGCAGACUGUCACACGCUUCUACCGCCGCCCGCUCCACUGCGUCUUCAACGACACACGCCUCGACACGCUGCUAGAGGAGUUCAAGAAGGGAAAGUCCCACCUGGCCAUCGUGCAGCGAGUGAACAACGAAGGGGAAGGAGACCCGUUCUACGAGGUGAUGGGCAUUGUCACCCUGGAGGAUGUCAUUGAGGAGAUCAUCAAGUCCGAGAUCCUGGAUGAGACAGACCUGUACACGGACAAUCGGAAGAAGGAGCGGGUGCCCCACCGGGGACGCAAGCCCCAGGACUUCUCCAUCUUCAGGCUCUCAGACAGCGAGAUGAAGGUGAAGAUCUCCCCGCAGCUCCUCCUGGCUACGCAUCGGUUCAUGGCAACAGAAGUGGAGCCUUUCAAGUCCCCAUACCUCUCUGAGAAGAUCCUGCUGCGGCUCCUGAAACACCCCAACGUCAUCCAGGAGCUCAAGUACGACCGAAAGAACAAGAAGGCAGCGGAACAUUACCUCUACCAGCGCAACCGCCCCGUCGACUACUUUGUCCUCAUCCUGCAGGGGAAAGUGGAGGUGGAGGUUGGCAAGGAAGGGUUGCGGUUUGAGAACGGAGCGUUCACCUACUACGGCGUCCCCGCCAUCAUGGCUGUUGUCUCCUCAGAUAACGACGUGCGGAAGGUGGGCAGCCUGGCUGGAUCCUCCUUCCUGUUGAACAGGUCACCAUCACGGUGCAGCGGGCUCAACCGCUCCGAGUCCCCCAACCGGGAACACAACGACUACGGGGGCAGCACCACGCAGCUCCACAGCAGCAGCAACAACAUCUACACGCCCGACUACUCCGUUCACAUCCUCUGCGAUGUGCAGUUUGUCAAGGUCACCCGGCAGCAGUACCACAACGCGCUGGUGGCCAGUCGCAUGGACAGCUCGCCCCAGUCCCCCGACAUGGAGGCCUUUGACCGGGAUUCAACCAAGGCCUCAACCACGCGGGGAACCCCACAGACACCCAAGGAGGACCCCACCACCCUCCUGAACGAGAAGAACAGUGUCAUGUGCAGCCGCUCGGAGGGGCUGCGCAGUCCCAGCGAGUCCGUGUUCCUGCGCAUGGAGGGCAUCCCCUUCAUCCAGGAGGAGCUGGCUGACAACGAGGAGAACAGCAAGCGUCAGAGGCUACGGGGCACCGGGGCGCUGCAGCCACACUGGGCUUUUGCAGACAGUGAGUGCUGCAGCACCGUCCUGGAGGCAGAGUCCCCAGGCACAGAGGCUGGGACCAGCUCAUCGCCGAGCAGCUCUGAGGAGACGCUGGGCAGGAGGCUGCUGAGAUCCCUCAGUGGGCGCAAGCAGCGGUCAUCGCUGGAGGGUGAGAAGACACCAGAGGAGAGCUCCAAUCUCGCCCCAUUAAUCACCUGA